AGCUGCUUCAGCAGUGAGGAUUUGGGUGGGAAUUUGGAGGGGGAGAAAUUGAGGCGACGAAGAGAAUGUGACAACUGCCGGGUCCUUGUCUCCUGUCCUCGGGGACGCCUCGCACACCUGUCCCUCUCCAUCGCCUGGACCGCGCAGCGGAAUCGCACACAGGCGCAGAGACGCGCUCGCAUUUGCGAGACCAGCAGCAUCGUGCGCGGAUUAAAAGGAACAUGACUUCCUCGUACAAUCUGGAUUUCCUUCCCGAAAUGAUGAUCGAAAGUCACUUGCUCGUCUCCGGCGACAGAAUUAACGGCACUGCCACCAAGAUGAACGGGGCGCUGGAGCAUGUGGACCAGCCCGACCCGGACGCCAUCAAGAUGUUCGUGGGCCAGAUCCCGCGGUCCUGGUCGGAGAAGGAGCUGAAGGAGCUGUUCGAGCCGUACGGCGCCGUCUACCAGAUCAACAUCCUCCGCGACCGCAGCCAGAACCCACCGCAGAGUAAAGGGUGCUGUUUUGUAACAUUUUAUACCAGAAAAGCAGCUCUAGAGGCCCAGAAUGCACUGCACAACAUUAAGACCUUAUCUGGGAUGCAUCAUCCCAUUCAGAUGAAGCCCGCAGACAGUGAGAAGUCGAACGCAGUGGAAGACAGAAAAUUGUUCAUAGGAAUGGUCUCGAAGAAAUGCAAUGAGAACGACAUCAGGGUGCUGUUCUCCGCUUUCGGGCAGAUCGAGGAGUGUCGUAUCCUGAGAGGGCCAGACGGCCUGAGCAGAGGCUGUGCAUUUGUCACCUUUUCUACCAGAGCUAUGGCACAGAAUGCAAUCAAAGCCAUGCACCAGUCACAGACUAUGGAGGGCUGCUCGUCGCCCAUCGUGGUGAAGUUCGCCGACACGCAGAAGGACAAGGAGCAGCGGCGUUUACAGCAGCAGCUGGCCCAGCAGAUGCAGCAGCUCAACAGCGCCACCACCUGGGGGAACCUGACAGGACUGGGCGGCCUGACCCCGCAGUAUCUGGCAGUAAGAGGCCCCACUGCCGCCGCGUCGCCCACCGCCAACCCGGCCGCCGCAGCUGCUGCCGCACUACUCCAGCAGGCCACCUCCUCCAGUAACCUGGGCGCUUUCAGUGGGAUUCAGCAAAUGGCAGCAGGUACGACGGCUGGCUCCAGCACAGGGGCGGCCAUGAACUCGCUGACCUCCCUGGGCACCCUGCAGGGCCUCGCUGGCGCCUCCGUGGGGCUCAACAACAUUAAUGCACUCGCAGGUAGCGUCAACAGUAUGGCGGCCCUGAACGGGGGACUCGGCGCGGCAGGCCUGACCAACGGCACGGCGGGCACCAUGGAUGCCCUGACCCAGGCUUACUCAGGGAUCCAGCAGUACGCCGCCGCCGCCCUGCCCACCCUCUACAGCCAAUCACUGCUGCAGCAGCAGAGUGCCGCCGGCAGCCAGAAGGAGGGCCCAGAGGGCGCCAACCUCUUCAUCUACCACCUGCCGCAGGAGUUUGGAGACCAGGAUAUCCUGCAGAUGUUCAUGCCUUUCGGAAACGUGGUCUCUGCCAAAGUCUUCAUCGACAAACAGACCAAUCUUAGCAAGUGCUUCGGUUUUGUCAGCUAUGACAAUCCAGUGUCAGCACAGGCUGCCAUCCAGGCGAUGAACGGAUUCCAGAUCGGCAUGAAGAGACUGAAGGUGCAGCUGAAGCGCUCCAAGAACGACAGCAAACCGUACUGAUGUUAGCACUAGGGCUAUACUGCUCUCACGUUAGCACUGCAAGGAACAUCUCCAUGCCUGUUAGCUCAUCGUCUGCCUAGCAUGUCUCCGUGGCGUCCAAAAAAAAAAAAAAAAAGUCUCAUCGUCCCGUCAUUGUUUCUGAUGUCUUUCUGAGCUCAUCUGAUCAUAACCUGGUCUUCUCCUACUGACCUUUGAACCUAGCUUGACCUUUUUUGGAAUUGUUUGCAUGUGACCUCAUUUUUUUUGAGCUUUUUUGAUUAGCGGGAGGGGAGGUAUAGCAGGAGAAUUUGAGAGCAUAGCUGCAUUCGAACAAUAAGACUGAAAACCUUAAGAAACGAGACAGAGAAGCCGUUUUUAAAAAGUCUGUGGCAAAGUAUUUUGCCUUUAUUUAUUUUUCUGUGUUGUGUUUUUUUUCUUUCGUUCUCCUUCAAUGAAAGUAAACUUGAAAGACCACUACAGGGAUUGGCAGUGGGUCCAGCUAUUGCCUCCAACAGUGAGGGCCUGUGUGACCACCAUUGGUUUCUAAAGACACAUAGACUACUUCUAACCUGUCCAAGAAAUACCCAGAACCCUCUCUGAGCUCUGCAAAUGGUUCUUACAUUUUUCAGGCAGUGUGUAAAGUUUUUUGAUAAGUCCAUUUGAAGCGGCUUACUUUCUCAUUAAAAAUUAUAUAUAUAUAGAACCACUUUUUCUAGAGUAGUUUAACAAAAAUUUGUUUCAACAAAAGAAAAAGACUUGCCCUGUUUGGGGGGGAAAAGCUACCUACGUAGAACUGACUCACAAUAAGACAAUCCAUGGAUAAAUGCACAUGAAAAGACCUAUAUUUUAUACUCUUUAAAUGUAUAGAGAAAAAAAAACAAAAUAACUGUCCCAUGCUUAAUGCUGGUGCUUUCUGUGGAUUAAUUUGCAGUGUCAUCAUUAGUCAAAAAGUCUUAAGUUUUUUCAUGUUUAAUUUUUUAUUUUUAACAAAAUCAGUUUACUUGAAAAAGCAGACAAAGCCUUUUAUCAAGUUACCAGUUCUUUCUGUCACAGUUUGCUAAAUUUCUUGUGGGUAAUUAGAGAUAUGAAAUCACCCGCCCAAC